UCUUUUCUUUUCACAGAAGAGCUCCGACAACGUUGACCUCAAUGGAUGUUUCGUAACCACGACAUAACAACACAUACAUUGUGCCAUGGAUUGAAAGCAGAGGACGGAAAGAAACUUAGAAAUGUGAUUAGGUGACAUUUGUAUGUUUUCCUUGUUACUGAAAGGAUGGGCUGUAGAAUCAGAUGGGAAUUUUACAUCUCGACAAAGUCAGGGUACAUUUCAGCGAAAUUGAAGGAUGUGCUGCGUCAAUGCCUACAUGUCAUGAUGUUGGUUUUGGUAGUGAGUUCAUACACAAUGUCACCUUCACGUGUAGAUCCUGUUCACUACAGGCCAGUCUCUCCGUCUUUUGCCUUUCACCCGAGAUUUUCAGAGCUAGAUCCCAGCAACUUUCAAGGAGCGGAAGGCACAAAUGUCUUUGGUUUCGACCUGAAGAAAUCGGUGAUUAUUUUGACACCAGGACUAGUCCAGCCACCAGCACCUGUGAGGAACCACCGAUCUUUACCAUCUGAUGUGUCAGAUUUGUGCAAUUUCAAGAAAUUCUCAAAGAGCCACAUCUCUGAGAAAGUGCGAAGCUAUUUGGAAAUGCUUUAUUUAAAAGAAAACACAAAAUACAGAGGUGGGAAAAAAUCCGGUUUCAAAGUUCUGAAGCCCUUAGCACAAAAUGGGGAGACCUGCCACAGUGAUGGUCUCACGGCAGUGGGUGUGUCACAGAUGAUUCAUUUGGGGGAGUUCUUAGCCAGAAGUUACGCGGGAAAGCUGGGAAGCCUGAGUGGAGUUACCUCCCUUGAAGGUUUGGCUGAGACUGUUGGCGACAUGGUUUUGUACCAGAGCCUGGUUGCUGUGCUUCACGGUUUGUUAAAUGACAAGCAGUUUGUGUCAUCAGAUGUCACCAAGCUGUCUAGUGACUUCACAGCCCCAAACUCUGUGAAAGGCAAGGUUCUAAAGUAUAAAUCUGAGCUGCACGACUAUGUCGGCUGGGCCUACAAAAAGGAGGGGUCGUUGUUCAAAGAGAUCGUGACCUCUGACCCAGAGAAAGAGUUACCUGCCAGAGACAUUAUCGCCUACCUGUCAAACAUUGUUCAUUCCAACACAAAUCCAGGUUCUGAAGCUGAUGAGCUAUUAGGCAAAGUUGAUUUGACUCUGUGGGACAUUGACGAUUUGUUCAAUAAAUCUGACACUCAUCACGGCUACCUGGCAUCCAGUUCAUUUUUUCAGAUGUACGCCAAUCACAACACUUACCAUCUGCGGCAGCGAAUCAAGGAGUUCUUGCACCUCGGUGAACUUGAAGAAAACAGCCCAGGAAACAACCUCAGGCUGUUGGCCGUUGAUGAUCUGAUGAUGUUGAGUCUGCUGGUAUCACUAAAUGUAACUGUCGACAAGCAUCUGGCACCAGCGUCUCGGCUGGUGUUGGAAGUGUUUCACUUGUCCUCCCCUGGCGCAAUGUCAGGAGCACCAUCCAUUCAGCAUGUUCAAAAUAUUGUUUCUAGUCAAAAUUCCAAACUCAAGGAUUCUCAUGCAAUACAAAAAGUCGCUUCAUCCCCUGAAAAUAAACAUCCAACAUUAUUGUCAUCUCUUUACCCAUCUGCCCACUAUCCUAUCGACUAUAUUAGAAUUCUCUUCAAUGGUAAAGUAAUAACACCCUCCCUGUCUGCUUGCUCCGCUGACUUCCUGGCAAGCCAAGGAUUGUGCAACAGCAAACAUUUUCAGCCUCUUCUUUCCUCUUUCCUUGAGGUGAACCAGGCUAAAGUUGAGCUGUGAAGUUAUUUUUUUGUCACAUUAGAUACUAGCAUUGAUUCCAAAUAUUUCUAGAAUUGUUUCCCCUUUCCCUCUUUUUAUCUAUGACAUAGUAGAAUAAAAAGUAGUUAAUAUUUAUUUUUUUUAUUAACAUAUUUAUUUCAUUAAUUUUGACCAGGUAUGUUGCUUGGUCAUAGUAACUGGAGCUUGCAAUUUUUAUUUUUAAUUUGAUUUAUAGGAAUUAAAAAUAUUUUUUUUUUAGCUUAUUUGGUAUGGAAUUUGACUUGUUUUAAAUGCACACCAUUAUUAAUGGUUAUUUAUUUUAAAAUAUUCCAUUCCACAGCCUUCUGAAAUAGUUUGUUUUUAACUUCUAGAAUAAUUCUAAACUCAACUUAAUAUCAGACACACAUUUUUUUUUAAAUAAUAACUUGAAGGGUUCUCUGACCUUGUCCCCAAUCUUGUAUUUAUUCUUUUCUUGUUCAAAUUGCUGCUUGACGUUUAGUGUUUAUUUUAGCGCGAGCAUUUGGCUUAUGUUUAAAAUUUAGUUUUAGAUUUACAGAGCGCAGGAGUAUUGUUCCUCUAUAUAUCUUUUAAAAGUAUGAUAUUUGUUCUCAUGAUUUACUGCCCUUUAUUUAUUUAUAUCCCUGUUCUGUGUGUCUUUGUUGGGCAGGCAGUACUAACUGUUAAGCAUCACAAGUUUCCAUGAUCUCCAUCCUGUAUGACUUGUUACAUUGUUAUCUUUCAUAGAAGCAGAUACAACUUUUUAUACACUGAAUCAACUAUUGAAACAUGAUUUGUUGUUAAACUCACCCUCCUUGGUGCUUUUCGCCAUGAGAAGUGACAAUUGUGCCAUGAGAUAUUAACUUUUUUUUUACAAAGACUUUACAUACCUCUCCUAUUCACGUAUGUUGACCUAGUAAUUUAUUUGUCAUUGUUGCCUUUUUAGUAGCAUGAUUUAUUUUUUUAUGCAUUUUGAUUCCAUUGCUUAAGUAGAUAGCGCUUAUUAUUUUACAACUGAUGACACUUGAAUCUCUAUUAGUUAGCUUAUAUAUCUAAUUUAUGAUAAUUCUUAGAGAGUUGGGUUUUUUUUAUUGAGCGUUAUAACUUAUGGAUGUAGCGAUAAUAUCUAAUGUAAUUAAACAUAUCCUGAUGCUACUUUUUAUUAGCGUAUUGUAUCUAUACAUUUUUUUAUUGCAAAUGCAACAAUUAAGUUUUGUAACUGUAAUAUUAAUUUAAGGUAAUCUAGAAAUAAUCCGCUGUCCCUAUAGAUAUAGAGUCAAUGUUAAUAAUAGUUGGAGAGCUCUCAAAAAGACUGCGGGACAUUUGAGACCCUUAGUACAGAAGAGGAAAAGAAAACUUAAAUAGACCACUUGCAAACAGUUGGAAGACAACGGCUUAUGCAGAAAAAUAUGCAGUUCGCAAAAGGGUUUUUGUGGUCGUGUGAAACUGCUCUCAUCCUUAAUCUUCAGAAUCAAAGAAAUUUCUGUUUUUACACUAGUAAUAGAUAUAUAUUAACUCUUAAUACAAAACGACACAUGGAGUAAAUAAUUAAUUAGUUAUUGCGCACUCAAUGCUAGUCUGAACAUUAGAAUUAAUAAUUCUGAUGUGUUGUUCCAAAUAUCUUUGCAGCAUUUUUAGUUUAUAUUUAUGGUUGCAUUUUUUCAUUAUCUUGCAAGUUUAGAUAGACUACCAUUGUUUUCUUCUCAGAUCAAAAAUAUAUUUUAUGUAUCCACUUUUGUGUUUAAUUAGAUAUGUGUGUUAAUGUUAGUACAUUUUUAGAAGCUCUGACAACUGCCAGGAAAUUAGAAUUUUUGGAACAAAAUGACACAAAAUCAAAAAGCUUACAAAUUCUUAAAGCUAGAAAAAUAUUUUGGCAGCCAUUUUUGUUUUCUUGUGUUUUUUUUUUUUUUUUUUUAUAAAUUUUAAGAUCUAAAUAGAUAAACUUAUUUGUGUGUAAGUACUUUGUAGAUUUAUUGAUGAUGUGAGCUUUUGUAGAACUUCAACUGGUUUUCAGAUGCAUAUUGCUGUACAGUAGUUGAUAGCAAAUUCAGAAAGAUGUGGAUAGUGAUAAAGAUAUGAUUAGUGGGAUAAACUUGCUAGGAUUAUUGUUAGCUUAUCAUCAUGGAUAGUAGGACUUGUUUCUCCCUAGUCAAAUCAUUUUCUAGUUAAUGUGUGAGAAGUAUAUUUGUGUGUUAGCAUUUUAGUUGCGAUUAAUUUCAGUUGCCGUUUUAGUAUAUGCUGUGUCUUGUUUGCAUGUGCCCACAGCAUAAAGUAGGAUUUAGAUCCUUUAUUCCUAAUCAGAAUCGCAUGCCGCAAAAACAAGCCAAAUUUAAUGUUUUAGAAAUAUUGUCACAUCCACUGUUACUAUCAAUAGUUAGUGAAUCUAAUUAAUUUGUAUGCAUCUUAUUAUAAUAAUGAUAAUGUCUUGUGAUCUCAUUAAAUUAGUAAGAAAAGGAUAUAGGCUGUAUUGUUAAUAAGAUUUUUUAAAUUGAGAUAUUUCCUUCAUUCAAAGUUGUAGCUCUAUAAAUGUCAUCACGACACUGCCAAACUUUGCUUUUUAAAGUUUCAUCGUUUGUCGAAUUUGUUAUGAGUAAAUUUUUAAAAAUUUAGAUUUAAGAUCGGUUACUAGAGUGUAUCAUUAAAAGUUCAACCUUCUGAUGAGAAGGAGAACUCCCCAUCAAUGUAAUGCAUUAGAAUGUCAUCAGAAGCGACCUAUGUCCAAGUUUUAUUGUCAAGGUGUCCAAAGACAGGUUGCAGAUAUUUUUUUUUUAAAUGCCAAAACUGUAUGUCCUCAGUAAAAAUAAAAUUGAUGAUCAGACAUGUAAGUUAUUGUAAAAAUAUUGUGAAAUGCUCUUUAAUUAUUAUUAUUGCUUUUAUAUAGCGCUACUUUCAUGCUUAUAGCAUGACAAGAGCGCUUUUGGUCCAAUCUCAUUUGUGGACCAGUGGGGGGGAGGGGGUAUCUAGGAGUUGGUUUUCCGUGCUGCCUUUAGGCGCUCAGUAAACACAACUCUGCCUGAGUCGGGUGUCGAGCCACCUUCUAGGUGGCCAAGCCAAGUUCAAGCGCACUUGGCCUCUCGACCAUGCUUCCCUUAAUAAAAGAAAGGCUUGAAGGUUUUUGUAGAAAUAACUUUAGGAACGUAGAAAAUUAUCAAAUUGCAAAGAAAACUCUUUUGUUGUAUUCAUGUUUUAGUGCAUUAGUUUAUUUGAUUUUUUGUUUGUAGCCUACACACUGGUCAGAUUUAGUAUUGCUUUAACAUCCCAUAACUGAUAGGAACUUUAUUCUCCAUUCUUAUGAAUGAUUACUUUGAAGUCAGUCUUGCUAUGUUCUUAGUGAAUUUUCAGUUCAUUGUUUCAAAAACUCCAGAUUUCAAAGUUUUCUACAAGAUCUCAAUUUUAAAUUUUUUUAGUUUCAUGAGUCUUAAUGGAUGUUGACCUUAAAGUAUGGUAAUCCAUUGUAAUCAGAAAUGAUUAAAUUAAAGCUUACCCAGUUAUUAUUAAAUUUAGUAUGGUAACCCAUUGUUAUCAGUUAUCACUAAGUUUAGUAUUUUGGUUACAGUUAUUAUUAAAUUUAUUAUGAUAACCUAUUGUUAUCAGUUAUUAUUAAAUUAUUUGGAAUGUCAGUAUUUAUUCUAUUAUUUUAGUCUUAUUGCUUGGGACAACUAACAUUCUCCAAAGUCACCAAUGUAGUUCUUUUAUAUCUAAUUUUUGAAUAUUUUAUUUACUGCAAAGUGAAUUAUUCAUACUGGUAUCUACCUUAUAUAUUACAAUAAACAAAAUAAAUCAUUAGUGUAGGUGUUGUAAAUUGCGCAGCUAAAUGAAUGAAUUAAUUAGUUAUACAUGUUCACAAAAUGUUUACUUAGCCUGGAUGCUACUUAGAUAAGUCUCAAGUAAAAACAGAAAUCAAAACUGACCAUUUCAAUUCCAUGUAUAGUAAUGAUGAACAUAUUCACAUGCAAUAAUGUAUCUCACAGCCUUUGGUUUCCUGUAAUCUCACACUAGCCCAUGGCCCAAUUACUUGCAACUUGUAAACUUAUUUAUGUGAUACGCAACUUUUUCAAAUGUUUGUUGCUCAUUGUUAUUAAAAUCGUUGCAAGAAGCAACAUUUUACCGACGAGCUUUCAGAUUUAUUGUCAAAUCUUUAUUUAUGUGUUGUUUUUUUUAAUGGAUUCUCUAUUAAAUGCUAUCUUGUUCAUUGUCGUCUGACAUGGUGUCACAUGACAUGUUCAUUGUCAUCUGACUCAAUGUCACAUGACAUCAUGUUGAUGUUUUUUGUGUUGUUUUUUUUUAAUGGAUUCUCUAUUAAAUGCUAUCUUGUUCAUUGUCGUCUGACUCGGUGUCACACGACAUGUUCAUUGUCAUCUGACUCGAUGUCACAUGACAUCAUGUUGAUGUUUUCAUUGUCCAACCCAAUGAAGUGAACCGACUUCAUAUUCACUUUGCCCUUGUUACUCGGCGCACUGAAUGUCAUGUUUUGCUUUGAUCAUGUUUUCGUUUGCUUAUUUAGUGUUGAGUUUCUACUAAACGAAUCUCUUUUCCAAAUUAAAAUGUUGAAAUUUUAAGUCAACUAUUUGCUUAUCUAAAAGUAUUUUGAAAAUUUUAUGUCAAUGGUAGAAAAGAAAUAUCUUAAGCCAUUAGACUGUUAUAUUUUCAAUGUAAAAAUAUUUAAAAGUUUUUGUUUGUUUUUUUUUUUGUUUUUUUGUUAGCAGUAUAGUAUUGCAUGUGGUUUGUUUUUCUCCAUGUAUAUAAUGUUUUUAUUUUAUAUUUUUGUGCAUGGUUUAUAAAAAGACUCUAAUCUGGAUAAUUUAUUUGGAUGAAAACUUUGAAAGAUAAUUACUUAGUUUGGAUGUCGAGUCUGACUGAUAAAACAUAGUUUUGAAACGUCUUAUAUAAAGCCAAGGCUUAGAAAGUCAUACAUUAGACACAAUGUUAUCAGACCGAGUGAUACCAAAGUACACGAAGUUAUGUUUGACCUAUUUAGUCACAGACGUUGCUAAGGGAAAAGAUCAUCUCGCGAGAUGUAGUAUGCAGCAGGACAGGACAAAGUUUGACAAAAUAGCAACGGCUUUGUAGGCGUUGUUUUUAUAUGAGAAAUUUGAAAACAAUCUUAUGGCAAAGUGUGUAGCUUGCAGGGUUAUUGUAGAUUCACAUAUAACAGGGUAAAGAGAAAGCAUCUUUGCUUUGUAGUUCUAUUUUUUAGUUUCAGCUGUGUUGUAUAGAAAACAUUUUCGUGAGAUGAUGAAUGAAAAAAAUAAUUAGUUUUGUUGAAAUAGUUUGUUUUUCAAAAGUGAAGAGUUCCGGGGAAAAAAAUGUUUAUUUUUAUAUUUAUGAAUCUCCAAACAACUUUUUUUUUAUAGUAAAUGUUCUUGACCUUUUAUCUGGAAUUAUGUAACAUUGAAUCUCUCUCUUUAUUUCUUUUCUCUGAAGAAUGUUGUGUUUCUGUUGAAUUGGGUAGAAGAAUUAAAAGUCACUACUUUAAUGUCUUGUUACUAUUUUAAAAUUUAUUUCAAAUCAUUGAAGUUACCUGCAUUUAUAAAUCUCUAGACCAAUGACUCAGGACAAAUGAUUGCUGUCUUUUUCUAAGUUUUAUGAUAAGCAUUAGGAUAUGAGGAUAAGCUGCUGGUCAAAGUUCACUGAUACUUAUGAAAUUGAGUAGCAUAACGUUAUUGCUUCUUAGAUGUAGACAUGCAUUUUUUGUGUCUAUUAUGUCAUCUCUGCCUGUGGUCCUGACUGGGACAUUGGUCACCUACCAAACUCCUCUAGGAAUCUUAGUUCUGGGUGAGUCUCUCCAACUUGCUCUUCUGCUUGGCAUAUCAUUGCCAUUCCUGGGCCGAAUCCUUUAAAAUCAGUGACAUUCAUGAAUUUGAAUACAACUGGUAUUUAGUCCUAAGUAACAUUUAAUGUUGUUACAACUAAAAGGCAAAGAAAAAAAAAUAAGUGAGACGCCGUCAGAAAAUAUAACGAGCUAUUAAAUGACGGUGUCUUCUCUAUUGUACAUUUCUUACAGUAUGCAGUUGUCUUACUAAACAUAAAGUUAGAUUUUCAUUAUGGUUUUGUCAGCCUUUGCAAAUAGUACUGAUCAUUAUAAUACAGAUUCAACAUGUCUAGCUGAUACACAGUCCUUUGCUGCUGAAAUAAUUGAAUCAUCAUUCAUAAUAUAUAUCUUUGUGCAUGACCAGUAACUCCUGUAAAAGUUUCUUUCAGAUAAGAGUUAUCCUCCUUUCUCUUCAUUGUUGAGUACAAAUGUUAACCUCAUUAUAUAUCAUUUUGUGUUCCUUUCAUUUAUAAUCAAGACUUUUGCUUUAGAAGCUGUUGGAUACAACUUUUUUUGUUAUGUAAGUGGGUUAUAAAAAUCAAAAAAAUUUAAAAAGAAUAGCAUUAGACAUUAAUCCAAAAUUAAUUUAUUUUCACCUUGACAUUGUCAUGUAGGUUUAAUUAUUCUUGAUCAGAGUCUGUGAAUGUUUCUGUGUUAGAAAAUACAUUUGUAUGUUAACCAAAUGUAUUCAAUGUAAUGAAAUCCUGUGACUUGUAUUUAGUUUGAUGUGUUUGGUUUGUAUUAGAACCAAUGUUCCUUGUGUAUUUAGGCUAGAUACAUUUGUCUUACAGUUUUGUACACAUUUAUAUUGAUGCUUGCAGUUCUUGGUUUUUUAACUUCAAGACUAUAAUAACACUUGUCUUGAUGGUCAUUGGUUCAAACCCUGCCCAUCGCCUUCCCAUGUCAUCCUGCGGGAGGACUGGACUAGAAUGUAAUAGUCUUCAAUUCUGAAGGAACACCUGAAAGGAGCUAUAAAAUUAUGGCUGCCUGGUCGUUUGACUUCCACUCCGGACUCUCAUCACGAUGUUCCAGAAUUUGAACCCCAGCCUCAUGCGAAGAGGUUGUGUGACCUAGAAUGUAAUUGUCAUUUCUGAA